UUGAUCUUUACUAUGCUCGCAUCUAAUCUUAUGCGAGCGCUGCUCGCUCUCGCUGUAGCCGUGUCCGAUUGCUCAGCUCUUCACAUUCGCAAAGACGUCGAUGGUCUCGUCCAACACCGCGUCACCCGUGCGCUCAAGGCACCCCCAGUAGCUCGGUCAUCAACAUCCACCCUCCUCAUUCCUGGGACGUCCGUCAACGGUCUCGUCAAGGCCUACGUCGGCUCUAGCCCCUCUCGCAAGAGGCAGUCCGACUCUCUGGGCUAUUUCAGCCCCGAGACCACCUCGCUCGAGCCGUACGACAGCUUGUAUGUCCGCUGUUCGCGUGCGGUGCCGGGGUGUACACCUGUACCAUUCACGUUCACGGUGCCCGAUUCUGCCGACGAGCUGAUCCAGAUCGGAUAUGAGGGAUUUGAAGGGCUCAUCCUCUCCCUCGUGGGGUUGUACACAGACCAUAUCGGCUGGGAUGAUCAAACCAAUGGGUGGAUAGACUAUGACAUGUCCCUCGGUGCAGGGAAUGCCAACUACCUGAUCUUCAGUGAUUGGGGCAUGAACACGCCUGUGGGCACACCACCGACGUAUGUAGAAGGCGCGGCAGCAGGGUGGACCGAAACGAGCGUAUUCUCCAUCGACCCCGCUACGGGUGCACUUGGAGUCAACUGGGUCAACCCCGACGGCAGCUACCCGGACGUGUACAUGGUCUACUCCCAGAGUGUGAACAUGAUUUAUGUCACGGGGGAUGUGGACCUCCUUGCUACCACGUUGGGAGUUGAUGACUUGGAACCCCUGACACUUAUCUUCAGUACUGGAGAGCUUGCUAGUUGAGCGCUUGGGUAUCGGAAAACGAAAAUUGGACUUUGCAGUUGUUGAACUACUGACUGUUGAGCUAAUCGAUCCUGGCGGUUUUUUAAAAGUUAAAGUAGCGGAUUCUUGGACUAAUUGGUGCUGUUUCCAGGGCCUAAUCAUAAUGUAAAUGACAUCA